AAAAAUCAAUUCUCGGCCACAUGACCCGUUGAUAAUAGAUUGAUUUUGAGUCUUCACACACCAACUUCACACAAAGAGGCAUCUCAUCCCAAUCUCCUUCUACGCAGUCGAUUCAAAAACUUGAUUUUAAUUUUGUAAUCACCAAAAAUAAUGGAAGCUUUUCUAGAGGAGUUUCAACAUCUUAAAAUCCAACUGGAAGAUAUAAAGUCAGCCACCAGCAACUUUGAUACGAUCAACGUUAUCGGAAAAGGUGGAUUCGGGAUGGUUUACAAAGGAGUACUUUCCAACUGUAACGACCGAAGAAUGGUUGCUGUUAAGCGUUUAGAUCGUUGCUAUGGGCAAGGAGACCCUGAAUUCUUUAAAGAGAUCCUGAUGCUUUCCCGCUAUACACAUGAAAAUCUCAUCUCUCUUGUGGGAUUUUGCGAUGAUGAUGGUGAGAAGAUCCUUGUAUACGAGCAUGCCUAUCAUGGAAGCCUCGAUUGCCAUCUAAGUAGCACUACUCUCACGUGGAGGCAACGACUCAAGAUAUGCCUUGCGGCUGCAAUUGGAUUGUGCUACCUUCAUGAUCCUAAUGAGACACAAUAUAGAAUCAUCCAUAGAGAUAUUAAAAGUUCCAACAUCCUAUUGGAUGAGAAUUGGAAUGCUAAAGUUUCAGAUAUGGGACUAUCGAAAAUAGGUCCCGCUAAUCAGAAGCACACCUUUCUUGUCUCCAAUGUUGUAGGUACGUUUGGGUAUGUAGAUCCGACUUAUGCGGAGAAGAGCAUCCUAACGAAAGAGUCAGAUGUAUACUCUUUUGGAGUCGUUUUAUUUGAAGUAUUGUGCGGGAGACUUUGCUUCGAAUCUAAAAAUGGUCAUUGUGAGAGUUUAGUGCGAAUGUGGAAAAAGAGAUGCAAACAAAAGAAAUUAGAUGAGAUUAUCUUUAAAGAUUUGAAGCAACAAAUGGAUAUGAAUUCAUUGGAAACAUUUUCAGACAUUGCCUAUCAAUGUUUGCACAAGUCUCGUGAAGUACGACCAAAGAUGUAUCAUGUUGUGGAAAAACUUGAGAUUGCGCUUCGGUUUCAGGAGAUUUAUGAAGUUGUGGAACCACCAAUAGACUAUGAUGAGAUGAGCAAGACUGCAGUACCUCCUCUGGUGUAUAGAUCCAAAGAGGAACUAAAGAGGCUUCUCUCCAAUGGAAUCUUCGUAAACGAGGAAAAAACGUGGUUUUGGUUAAAUAAGAAUGGAGAACACUGCGAAAUGAUAUCCGCAAAAGAGUGUAUGACUCCUAUUCGCUUCUCAUCUUCAGAAUAUGCACCUCCAGGUCAAAUUAAAUCAAGAUUUGGCGUAGACUACUAUCCACCAUUCUGUAGGAAAUUCAGAACACAUGUCAAACCACAAUUUUUGUCACCAUAUACCACAUACACAUCUUCGACUUUGUACUUAGCAGAUAAGAGAGAAGAUGGAUGGUUGAUGGCUGAAUUGUAUCAGUUUACCAGUGACAGGAGAAAUAUUGAUCUUGAAAUUACAUUUCUGUCUAGAUAUCCAUUGGCAGUAGAAGGCAUUGAGUUUCUUCCUCUUGAGAGAGUGGAGCAUGAAGUGUUAAAGGAUGUGGAGAUGGAUAUACAGACGAUAUCAGAUUCUGAAACAUAUUGGGAACAAAAAUUGCCUAGUGACUAUGAAGAAAUUAUAAAGUGGUCAAAAGAUAGGGUGCAAUGGACAACAAAGAAGGAACUCUACUCUAUUCUUUGCAAAGGGUUCCCAAUCCAGGAUUGUAAAGAGUGGCUAUAUCUUGCAAAAAAUGGGAAGAAAUGUCUUAUGAUAUCUGCAAGAACGUGUUUGCGAAAACAAGAGUGGAGUUGGCAGUCUUUACCCGAAUUAAGAUUUGAAGAUGUGGCUUUUGAUCUUCAUGGAAGCAGCUUCUGGUUAAGCUGCAAAUCCAAAUUAUUGUCACCAGAAAAAAUAUACGCAAUUUAUCUUGUUUACAAAUUACAAGAAAACCAUUUUGGAUUUGAAGCUCCUGUGAAAGUGACAGAUGUUAUUGCUAGACGUACUUAUGAGAGGAAUCAUUCAUGGUAUAUUUUUUUUCUUAGUCCUCAAACUCCGGUGCUUAGACGGAAGGUUUAUCAAAACGCCCACAACCCAUUGAAUAGACCCAAAAUAAAAGGACUUCCACAACAAAGAAAUGAUGGUUGGAUGAAAGUACAAGUAUGGGAAUUUCAAACCAAUACUAACACUAAACGGCUUCCGGAUGAACUUUUAUUAACCUUUUUCAAUAACAAUUUGCCUAGAGGGCUUAUCGUUCAAGGGGUUGAGGUUGAACAUAUAUAACUUCUUUUAUUUAUGAUUGAUCAUGAACUAUUUGUAUAAGUUAGCUUUAAUUUUAUUUCUUACACUUCUUCUUUCUGUUGGAGUAAUUCAAAGAAAAAG